AUGACCCUGCCCGGGGGCCCGACGGGCAUGGCGCGGCCGGGGGGCGCGGGGUGCCGCAGCCCGGGGCUGGAGCGGGCCCCGCGCCGGAGCGUCGGCGAGCUGCGGCUGCUCUUCGAGGCGCGCUGUGCCGCGGUCGCGGCCGCCGCCGCCGCCGGGGCGCCCCGGGCCCGCGGGGCCAAGCGGCGCGGGGGGCCGGUCCCCAACGGGCUUCCGCGGGCCCCCCCGGCCCCGGUGAUCCCGCAGCUGACGGUGACCGCCGAGGAGCCGGACCCGGCCCCGGACAGCCCCGGGCCGCCCCCGGCGGAGGCGGAGGGCGAGUGGCUGCCGGCCGCGGGCUCGCACCUGCGGCAGCCGCGCCGCCUCUCCACCUCGUCCGUGUCGUCCACGGGCUCCUCGUCGCUGCUCGAGGACUCGGAGGACGACCUGCUGAGCGACAGCGAGAGCCGGAGCCGCGGCAACGUGCAGCUGGAAGCCGGCGAGGACGCGGCUCAGAAAAGCCACUGGCAGAAGAUCCGGACCAUGGUGAAUCUGCCGGUCAUCAGCCCCUUCAAGAAGCGCUACUCGUGGGUGCAGCUGGCGGGCCAUACCGGGAGCUUCAAGGCGGCGGGGACCAGCGGGCUGAUCCUGAAGCGCAGCUCGGAGCCGGAGCGCUACUGCCUGGCGCGGCUGAUGGCGGACGCGCUGCGGGGCUGCGUCCCUGCCUUCCACGGCGAGGUGGAGCGCGACGGCGAGAGCUACCUGCAGCUGCAGGACCUGCUGGACGGCUUCGACGGGCCCUGCGUGCUGGACUGCAAGAUGGGCGUCAGGACCUACCUGGAGGAGGAGCUGACCAAGGCCCGCGAGCGGCCCAAGCUGCGCAAGGACAUGUACAAGAAGAUGCUGGCGGUGGACCCCGAGGCGCCCACGGCCGAGGAACACGCGCAGCGCGCCGUCACCAAGCCGCGCUACAUGCAGUGGCGGGAAGGCAUCAGCUCCAGCACCACGCUCGGCUUCCGCAUCGAGGGCAUCAAGAAAGCCGACGGCUCUUGCAGCACCGACUUCAAGACUACCCGAAGUCGCGAGCAGGUGACCCGCGUCUUUGAGGAGUUUGUACAAGGGGACACAGAAGUAUUGAGGAGGUAUCUGAACCGCCUGCAGCACAUCCGGGACACCCUGGAGGUCUCGGAGUUCUUCAGGAGGCAUGAGGUGAUUGGCAGCUCGCUCCUCUUCGUGCACGAUCACUGCCAUCGCGCGGGUGUGUGGCUCAUCGACUUUGGCAAGACCACACCCCUCCCUGACGGCCAGAUCCUGGACCACCGCCGACCCUGGGAAGAGGGCAACCGCGAAGAUGGCUAUUUGCUGGGGCUGGACAAUCUCAUUGGCAUCCUGGCCAGCCUGGCUGAGAGAUGAGACUGGGCCCUUGUCCCCACUUGGGCUGGCUGUCGGACGGAUGUGUGGACCCAGGGUUGUGCCCCCUUUGUGCAUGCCGGCAAGAGACUGGAAUCCCGCUGGGCGGGCCGCUUACCCAGUCCUGCAGGCCUAGAUGUCAGUCACUAAGGGGGUUGCACUGCCACAACUGGCAUUUGGCCCCCAAAGAAGCCCCAGGUUCCCCGAGCUGAGCGGCAUUAGGUUUCAGGAGGGGAAGGGAGUCCCGGCUUCUUCCGAGGUAGCUCUCCAUGCACCUCCCCAGAGCAGCCAGAAAUACGCAGCUCACGCGUACGGGCCUGUGGGUCUAACUUCCUACACUACAG